AUGCGCACAGCUGUGACAAACAACAACGACCACCCCGUCACUAUUCUUAACUAUGGUUCGCCGCUGGAUGCACUGGCGAUUCAGCUAGGCACACUGUACAUCACCUCCAAGGGCGACAGCUCACCUUUGGAGAUUCUGCAAAUUGAGAAUGACAGACUGUGGCCACCCAUGGAAGACGCCCUGGUUGAGAUUGGACCUGGACAAACAGCUAUUUGGGAGUCUACACUACAAGAACCUGUGGUUCCCAUGGACAGGGUCUUUGAGAGUGCGACGGUUCAACUAAAGGGUACUUGGACUGCUGUAUGGCCACGAGAAAAACAGGGCAUCGAUUUCAGCGAACUGGAAGAGGGAACACCCAUCAAUGGAACUCUAACAGGUUCCUACAACUCAAACAUCAUCGAUAUCGAAGUCGCAUAG